AUGAUCAUCCCUGGCCGCGCUCUCCUCACCCGCACCAUCAUCCGCAAUGUGCAGAAUCCAACCCUACAAGUCCAACCCUGCGGCGUGGAUCUCACCCUCAAACGAGUCCUUACCUGGACAUCACCUGGAAUAAUCGAUCUAGACAACCAGCGUCGCCAGACCGCGUCAACCAACGAAAUCCCCUUCCCUGCAUCAAGUACCACUACUCCAGAGGAACGCUUCCUCGACCUCCCGCAGGGAUCCUAUCUCGUCGAAUUCAACGAGACAGUUUCCGUCCCUCUGGACGCGAUGGGCCAGAUCUUCGUGCGCAGCUCUUUGUUCCGUUCUGGUGUGUUGCUCACCGCCGGCGUUAUGGACAGUGGAUAUGUAGGCGCAGUUGGGGCCUUGAUGCAAGUGCUUAAUCCCGCCGGACUGAGGGUUUACCCUUCUGCGCGACUCGCGCAGUUUGUAUUCCACCAGAUGAGCGAGGAGGUAGAGGGGUACGCGGGUGUUUACCAGGGGAGGACGUCACUGUAA